AUGUAUAGAAGAAACUGGUGCCUGCAACAAGACAAUGAUCCGAAGCACACAUCACGUAUUGCAAAGAAUUUUAUUACCGAAAAUUCAAUCUGCAUAAUUGAUUGGCCAUCCAAUAGCCUGGACCUUAACCCUAUUGAAAAUAUGUGGACAAUCAUCAAAGAUAAUGUAGAAAAAAGGAUGCCUCAAAAUAUUAGUGAAUUAACCAAAUUUAUGGUUGAAGAAUGGGAUGCAAUUGCUCAGUUAACGGUGAAUAAUUUAGUAAUGUCUAUGAAAACCAGAUGUGAAAUGGUUUUGGAGAAAAACAGUGAUAGAAUAUUGUAUUGA